UGCGGUGCGGGUAAGAUGUGUAUAUAAACAUUUGAUGCCCGUAAAUAUGGUAAAAUACAUAAUGUAGUUGGAAUAGAUUUAACCAAUCUUAAUCCGAGAGACAACACAAUAUCCUUGGAGAAGAUGGCUUUGAUCGGUGACAUGAGUUACAUUUGAUUAAUUUUGAGUUAGGCUUGUAACUCAAAAAGUUACCAAUCAUGCAUUAAAUUUUAUUUUUUAAUUUUAGGUUUUAUUUAAGAUGUGUUGUAAUUAAGUUACAACUUUAACUUGGACCUCUUAUAAAAUUGUUAACUCAAAAUUUAAAGCUACAUCAACAAAAAUCCCAUAUUUUAGAAAUUGAGUUACAAAUUUGAUUAAUUUUCUGUCUACAAAAAUGAAAAUAGUGCGUUCUACCAAUAAUAUCAUAAUUUUUAUUUAAUAUCUAUAUUUAUUGUAAUAUUUGGGAUAAUUAAUUAAUAAAUUGACAUUAACAAUAGAUAUUAACUAAUUCUACCAAUAAUGUCAUAAUUAAGUUUAUCUUAUAGUUUAUGAUUUUAAUCGGUUAUAUUAUAUCCACGUUCUCUGAUUUUUAUUUAUUUUAGGAUAAAUAAUUAGUUUAAGUAAUAUUAGUGUUUUAAAUUUUAUUAAACCUAUAUAUAUAUCAAUAUAUUAUCAUCAUAUUUAGGAUAAAUAAUUAAUAAACUGAUGUUAACAAUAGACAUAACCAAUAUCUAUUAGUAAUAUCAUAAUUAGGUUUAUCUUAUAUUUAGGUUAUGAUUUAAUCAGUUAUAUUACAGCCACAUUCUCUAUUGUUUAUUUCAAAUAUUGAUCCAAAUCAACAUUAUUAAAAAUUAAAGCUAAGAUUAAAUUUUAUUGAAAAUAUAUGUAAUAAAAUGUAAGCUAAAUAUUUUUUAUAUAUUAAAUAUUAAACAAUCAUAUUUCUAACUGAAAUAAAUUAAUUUGUAUUUAUACACUAUGAAAAUCAAAUUAUUUAAUCUUUAAAAUCACAAAUAUUAUCAAAAUAAUAAAUUUAAAACCAAAAUAAUAAAUAACAUAUUAAAGACUAAAUAUAAAUUAACUAAAAUAUUAAAAAUAUAUGUAAGCAUGAAAGAUAAAAACAUUAAAUAACAUAAAAUAAUUUGAUAACAAUUAUACAGAUAAUAAGUUUUUUGUAUAACUUAUGUAUUAAAGUAGAGCUAUUUUUGGUAUUGUAAAUUUAUUAUUAAAAUGUGUAGUUUUCUUCUUUUUUUUAAGUUUUCCUCUGUCUCUGGCUUUUCCUCUCUAAGUCGCCAUCUUUAUGUUAAGUUUUCUUCCUUUUUUUUUUGCUUAAAUUUUCUAUGUUAAGUUGCAAAGGUAUGAGUCUGUUUAAGUUGGACAUCCAAGUCGAUAGAUAAUUUUCGUUGACCGACUUCAUUGCUGCCUAUUUCGUUCUCUCCUCUGUUUUUGUUAUAGGUGCGGAAACUUUGAGCGAACAAGAUACUAAGAACUGAGCAAAACGACAUGGAGUGUGUAAUAAGGUUGAAGCGAAAAGGGCAAUGGAUAUUGCCGAGAAGAAAAUUUCAGAGAGUGAUUACGUAGGAGCCAAGAAAUUCGUCAACAAGGCUCAGAAUUUGUAUCCGAAUCUUGAUGGACUGAAACAAGUGUCGGUGAUGAUCACUGGAGGAAGAGAAGCUGAUUGCUACAGAGUUCUUGGUGUUGAUCCUUUGGCUGAUGAUGAAACUCUGAAGAAGCAGUACAGUAAGUUAGCUCUUUUGGUUCAUCCUGACAGGAACAAGUAUAAAGGCGCGGAAGGUGCGUUUAAUUUGGUUUUAGAAGCUAGGCGUCUGUUAUCUGACAAAGGUUAGUAGAACCGCUUAUGAUCAAACGCCGGGAUGCAGAAACCACCACCAUACCAGAAAUCUCGGUGAAAAGUGUUUAUGAUUUACGAGACCGACAUCGGAGAAGGUGGUUUUAAUUCCUUUUCUAUAUAUUUUUUUUAUUUUGAAUUUGAUUUGUCACGUUUUCUAGUUUGUGUGGUUAUAAACACAUUGGCUUUUUAAUAAUACGGUAUUUCUGUUGUACCUUUAUUGGUGGAAAGCUAUGCCUUGAUAUUUCCUUUUUACUUUUUUUUCUUCUUGAUAUUUCCUCGUAUCAAGUCGGCAAAAGAGUGUACGAAGACUGACGGGAUUAGGAGAAUAAAAUCACAAACCUUAUAAUAUCAGGAGCACGUAGCUUUUUUAUUAUAUAAAGGAGAAGCAAUUCAUCUAUUGAUUGAAUCAUCCGAACAAGAGAUAGAGAUCAAGCACAUAAGAAUAGAUCUUUAGUUCUUAUUUUUGUUAUCUAGCUAUUCUUUGUUACAAGGGAACUAAGUAUAAACUCUCAACAACAUGGAUAAGGAUGAAGCGAAAAGGGCAUUGGAUAUUGCUGAGAAGAAACUUUCAGAGAAUGAUUACGUUGGAGCCAAGAAAUUUGUUAACAAGGCUCAGAGUUUAUACGCGGAUCUUGAUGGCUUGAACCAAGUGUUGAUGAUGAUCAAUGUUUAUACCUCUGCAGAAAUCAAGAUUAGUGGAGGAAUAGAAACUGAUUGGUACGGAGUUCUUGGUGUUGAUUAUAAGGCUGAUGAUGAAAUAGUGAAGAGGCAGUACAAGAACUUAGCCCUUUUGCUUCAUCCGGACAAGAACAGAUUUAAUGGAGCGGAAGGCGCGUUUAAGCUGGUUUUACAUGCUUGGUCUCUGUUAUCUGACAGGGCUGAGAGAUACCUCUAUGAUGAAAGGAGGAUGAAGAAGAAACCACCACCAAGUGCAAAGGCUAGGGAUGCGCCUUCAAAUAUGUUUUGGACAAUGUGCAGUGAGUGUAAGACACGAUGCGAAUAUUGGAGGGAUUCUUAUCUUAACAGGACCGUACUAUGUCCAAUGUGUGGUAAGACUUUCAUUGCAACCGAGCAAAUUCCACGGGCAGUUAAGAAAACCAGCAAGACCUACAAUGUAUUGUUUGGGUAUUGUAGAUGAAUCUUAACUGUUUGACUUUUUUUAAGAAGUCUAAGAUGUCAAAUUUUUAACCUAAUUUGAUUUUUUUUCUCGUUAUAUAAAUUAAAAUUUGCAUAUUUUCUUUUUAAAACAAGUUAACAGAAUUUAAAGUUGUUUUUUUUUUUGUUAAAGUCUCCAGACUCAACUUGAAGAUAUCAAACUUAAGAUUAAUUCUUCAAUUUGUUCUCAUGUAUUUAUGAUUUUUUAUAUUGUUUAUGUUUUUCAUAUUUUUAGUCUUCUCCUCCCAAAAAGGUAAAAUGUGUAUUUAGAUGUGGUUUUGUUUUUAAUAUAAUUCAAACUGAAAGGUGAAUUUUUUUACAAUAAAUUAAAUUUAAACAAUUAAGUUAAUUUUAUUAAUAAUUUAAUUUAAAAUUUUAUUAGUAUAAAUUUAAACUAAAUUAAUUUGAUUGGCAAGUAUAAUUAUAUGAAAAUUAAUCAUUGGUUUUAUUCUUUUUCACUGAACACAAAUAAUUGGUGAAUUGUAUGCAAAUUAAUUUCUAUUAUAUUUUGAAUAAAUAUCUAUACUAUUAAAAGGGAAGGAUUUUUAAAAAAUCUACUUAUACAAGGUUGUUGGACUCAUUCAUUAAUAAUAUGUUUUAUUUAAUAUUUGCCUU